AUGGCAUCGCCACAGGAGGAAUUACAAUUCAACACGGUAGAAGAGUCGAUAGAAGCAUUCAGAAAUGGAGAGUUCCUCAUCGUUCUCGACUCGGAAGACAGGGAAAAUGAAGGCGACCUGAUCAUCGCCGCAGAAUCCAUAACAACCAGCAAGAUGGCAUUUAUGGUCCGACAUUCAAGCGGCUACAUAUGCGCCCCUAUACUGCCCAACCUGACCACCCACCUCGAGCUCCCUCAGAUGGUCGCCCGAAGCACCGAUCCUCACCGCACCGCAUACACAAUCUCGAUCGACUCUAAUGACCCUUCAGUAACUACCGGAAUCUCUGCCCAUGACAGAGCCCUGACAUGCCGCACACUUGCCUCGUCGGACGUAAAGCCAGCCAGCUUCCGGCGACCGGGCCAUAUCCUCCCUCUCCAGGCGAAAAUUGGCGGCGUCCGUGAACGCAGAGGCCACACCGAAGCUACCGUGGACCUCUGUCGGCUUGCGGGGAAAUUCCCAGCUGGCGUGAUCUGUGAACUGGUCGAAGACGGCGAGUCCUCCGAGGGCGUUGCAGAGCAGACUGGUGGUGGAAUGCUGCGACGGGACGGCUGUUUGAAGUUUGGGAAGAAGUGGGGGAUAAAGGUCUGUACGAUUGAGGCCAUGGUUGAAUACCUGGAGAGAACGGAGGGACCUCUCCCCGUGGUCAAUGGGAAACAUUGA